GCCGGGGUCGAGGAUGACGAGGUGGCGUCGCAGGGAGGGGAGCACCCAUGUGAAGCGUGAUCGUGGCUUGUGCCACGAUUUCCGCCCUCUAGGGUUGUAUUUUACGGAAUUAGAUUACUUGGACCUCGGGCGUGUUUGCGUUGUGAGCGUUGUGAGCAUUGUUGAGAGUUGUUGAGAAGGAGGAAGAUGGACGUGACGGACGAGAAUAGAGCAAGGUAGGGGCUGAUUUCGAUAUAGGGGGAAAGGGAGUUCGAUGGAGGUGGUGAUGAAGGCGCUGCUGCUGCGAUCGGGGGAGAUUUUUUUGGAAUUGAGAUAGAGUAGAUAAGGUUGGCUGGUGGAGAAUGUGGAAGUUAUUAGAGCUGAUAUGGUCAGGCUCCGAGAAUGUGGCGUGUUGUCUCGCGGGGUGCUUCGGGUCCAAGAGCGCGAGCCACCCGUAUGACGACCAUUGGGAUGAUCCCGCAGCGAUCUCGCGCACCACGGCGUUUACUGUGAGCGAGGUGGAAGCUCUGUACGAGCUCUUCAAGAAGAUCUCCAGCGUUGGAGUGUAUGAUGGCGUGGUGAACAAGGAAGAGUUCCAGUUGGCGCUCUUCAAGCAGAAUAAGAAGGAGAGUUUGUUCGCGGAUAGGGUUUUUAAUCUGUUCGAUGAGAAGCACAAGGGAUAUCUUGAGUUUCCUGAGUUUGCCCAGGCGCUGUCGGUUUUUCAUCCGAAUGCCAAUGUUGAGGACAAGAUCGAUUUCGCUUUCCGGUUGUAUGACCUGCAACAGCAAGGGUACAUCGAGCGUUCCGAGGUGAAGCGGAUGGUGGUUGCGACUCUGGCGGAGUCAGGGUUGAAUCUAUCGGACGACGUCAUCGAGGAGAUUAUCGAUAAGACUUUUUUAGAAGCUGAUACGAAGAAUGAUGGCCGAAUUGAUAAAGAGGAGUGGCGGACUUUGGUUAUGCAACAUCCCUCCCUUCUGAAAAACAUGACCCUGCCCUACCUGAAGGACAUCACCACGACUUUCCCGAGCUUCAUCUUUCAUUCCUUAGUAGAAGAAACUUGAAAGAGGUUGUUGAUGGUAAUAUCUGUGAUGAUAUUGAUGUACCCCAAAAUAGUAGAAUGUUUUGAAAGCAUUCAAUUGGCUGCAGGACGUUUGUGCUCUAAGCCGGCUCGUAUGGCUUCAACACAAUUUAUGUUAUGUGGAUUGCUCAGCACUCUAGGAUGCUAAAUAUGGUUUCUGUGCAGCUGGUAUUUUUUAGACGAGAGUACUGCGCCCGCCAUAAUUUUUAUUUGGCAACGUGUCUCUUGAAAUGUAAUAGUAUCUAAUCGAACUUUGGAGGAGCUUGUUUGUAGUUGUAACUAGUCUGGAUGGCUUUUAUGAUCGGAGCGUUGCAUCAUGCUGAUCGAUCUCUCCAUGAUCCUCUACUUGCAGCUAGACGCUCAUUUCUAAUACAGGUCAAGUUCGCUGCGUUAAAGAUAGUAGUGUUACAUGUGGCUACUUCUCGUCUGCAUCUCUUUGAUUGACUCAUUUUGUUUAUGACAAGUUUGUCAGGACUUGAUUUCGAAUUCUCCUUCAGCAAUGUGGCGUCAGGCUUGAACUGAUGCGUGAGAUAUAAUUUUGGAAUCUCCAUGAUGAGCGUCAGCGAGAGGUCUCGAAGUAUUCAAGCUCGGUCACAUGAAAUUAUGCAACACAGCACCGGGUUUGAGCAUGGUAUGCUUGAACUCCUAAAUCCUAACCAAGAAUUCGGAUUCCAUGGGUUGAGUGGGUCAAUAAUUGAGCUUCACAUCUGGAAUGAUUGGUUCUCAGUUAACUCUUGCUACCGUGUGAGAGCUUAAGUAAUCCUCUGGCAUGGCCUGUCACGAUCCCUCAUCAGCUUGUGAUAAUUCGUACACAUGGAGGGUGAGUUCGUACAUUUUUUUUCAUAAGACACAGUACAUGAUGUUUUUGGUC